AUUUAAGAUGAUUGUAUUAGACACAGUAGAAAUUUGAUAUCCUAGGAUGGAAACUUAUCUGUCAAAAACUCGAUUUGUCGCUUGAACGAAGAUUAGCGAAGCGAGUGAGCGAGCUAGCUAAACUGGUAGAUGGCGGGAGUGAUCUCGUGUGAUAUAACUGUGUUAGAUUAGUUUUUAAAUUGUAGUGUUUAAUUUUUAGAAUAGUUAUUAAAAUGACUAGAGCUAAAAUAGAACUCGGCGACGUGACCCCACAUAAUAUAAAACAACUGAAGAAGUUAAACACAGUUGUAUUUCCAGUGUCUUACAACGACAAAUUCUACAAAGAUGUUUUAGAAGCUGGUGAACUAGCUAAGUUAGCAUAUUAUAACGAUAUCGUGGUGGGAGCAGUAUGCUGUAGAAUAGACACGUCGGAAAACUCGCGGAGACUUUAUAUUAUGACCUUGGGUUGCUUGUACCCAUACAGAAGAUUGGGCAUUGGUACUCUGAUGGUGGAACAUGUGCUCAAGUAUGUUGAACAAGACGGCAAUUUCGACAGUAUUUUCUUGCACGUACAAGUGAACAACGAGGGAGCAAUAGAUUUUUAUAAAAAGUUUGGAUUUGAGAUUGUCGAGACAAAAGAGCACUACUACAAAAGGAUAGAGCCAGCUGAUGCCCAUGUGUUACAGAAGACAAUCAGACAGACACCUUCCGUACCUUUACUCAAUGGCACUGUACCACAUGCUAAAACCAAUGGACACGAUUGAAUACACAACCACACCCAAAUAUUGUACUUGUAAAAGCCUCAACUCGGUUGUUAAUGUGAAACAAGUGAUAACAUAAUGUGUAAGAAUCAUAAUAAAACACUGUGUGCAUACAGGAUUGAUUUACAUUAAGAUAUUUGUAACGGAUGGGUUAAUCAAUAAGUUGUGGUUGUGGACGCAUGAGGCCAUAAAUAUAGUACUAGAAAUGACUGAUAUUCCACUCAGUAUCAUAUAAAUGUUGUACAGAGUAUGUUCAUAAUAAUGCGUGCAUAUUUCAUAAAAUGUAUUGACUACAUUACAAUAUGCAUUACUGUCUAGUACUCUUUACAAGUAACUUUUAUGACUUAUAAUAAAAAUAGCAUUCAACUUGUAAAUUAACCUUUUCAUGAUUUGAAUAAGUAUAUGUAAAGUAAUGGAUAAUGAUAGCUCUAGACAUUCUUUUAACUAUAUCGGACAUAAAAAUUCUGUCAGUUUUUUACUAUACUUGUAUAUUGUGGUAUUUAAUAAUGUAGUCAUAAACUCCCCGUUUUAAAAUUAAUGUUCUCGAAUUCUGAGCGGAAGUGUUAAUAAUCACCUCGCAAUUAAUUGGUAUUUCAUAUCAAUGCUUUUGUUUUCAAGCAAUGAGGAAAGUUAGGGUUUUGAUAAAUUAUACUAUUGAACUAAACAUUUUUAUCGGUGGCUUAUUCUUUGCACAACAAAAAUAAAUUUUAUUUAAUUAAUGUUGAGUUGUACUGAAAUUUUUGUUUUGUUAAGAUUUUACAUGGUCUAAUAGCGAGAUAUUUUUUUAUUUCUGAAUGGCAUCUGUAAUAUUGGAUCCCCACCGCCCGGCGGCACGCGCCUGUGGCCAUGCCGCCGGCU